AUGCUUAACGGUUCGGGUGACUUUGCCAAAACAGCAGAUAUGGAACCAUAUAUCAACGAUGUCCAUGCUAUCAAAAGUGAGGGGGUUCACCAAAUUAUCAAACGACGCGGGUAUAGCUGCUCUGUGAGUCGGGAUUACCGACUCCUCAUUGGCUGGCUGAAGCUUCUCAUUAUCAUGUCUAAAACUGUCCCGGAGAUUCCUAUGAAGAAGUUUAUUCUGGACUCGCUCGAGCCUGAAAGUGUCGGCGGCUUAAAACAUAUGGAUACGGGUAUCAAUGUUGACAAGACUAGUGGCAUUGUGUCGCAUAACGGCGCUGUUUAUCGAUUUGAUCUUUUGUUCCCUCUCGACGAGGACGGCUUUCCCAAAGGAGCUUCAUAG